AUGAUGGCGGAGUGCGGCGGCGGCGGCGGCGGGGGUGGCGGCGGCGGCGGCGGCGUUGGGGGACCGAGGAAGAAGGCGCUCUCCCUGCUGGAAGCGGCCCGCUCCCGCUACGAGAGCCUGCAGAUCUCGGACGACGUGUUCGGCGAGUCGGGCCAGGACAGCAGCGGGAACCCCUUCUACAGUACCUCGGCCGACUCGCGCUCCUCCUCCGCCGCCUCUUCCGAGGACGAAGACGAACCCACCACUUCCUCCAUCUCCUCCUCCUCUGCCGCCGCCCCGCCGCCUCCGCCGCCGCAGCCCCUGGCCCGGGAGGUAGAGACAGCAACCGAGGGGCCCGCCCGCGGGGGAGGCGUCUGCUGUUUUCAGGGAGGAGGAGGGCACCGCGUCCAAAGGGCAGGAGCUGCGACUGGUGGGCAGCGGCAACUGCGACAGCAUCAGCAUCAGCUUCCCGGGCCCAUGGAUGAGGAGGAUGAGGAAGAGCGUGGAGGCUGGACCCAGACUUUGCGAGACACCCCUCCCCCUCGCUUCGAGGAUACCAGCGGUCCAACCCGAAAGAUGCCCCCCAGUUCCAGUGCCAUGGACUUCUUCCAGCUCUUUGUCCCCGACAAUGUUCUUAAAAACAUGGUGGUGCAGACAAACAUGUAUGCCAAGAAGUAUCAGGAGAGGUUUGGGAGUGAUGGGGCCUGGGCAGAAGUGACCCUGACUGAGAUGAAGGCUUUCCUGGGUUACAUGAUUUCCACGAGCAUCUACCAUUGCGAGUCUGUUCUCAGCAUCUGGAGCAGCGGCUUCUACAGUAACAAAAGCAUCGCCCUUGUCAUGAGCCAGUCCCGCUUUGAGAAGAUCCUUAAGUACUUCCAUGUGGUCGCUUUCCGUUCCAGCCAGACAACUCAUGGUCUCUACAAGAUCCAGCCCUUCCUAGAUUCCCUACAGUAUGGCUUUGACUCUGCUUUUAGGCCUUCCCAAACCCAGGUGCUACAUGAACCCCUGAUUGAUGAGGACCCAGUGUUCAUUGCUACAUGUACAGAGCGAGAGCUGCGCAAGAGAAAAAAGAGGAAAUUUAGUCUUUGGGUCAGGCAGUGUUCCUCCACAGGCUUCAUCAGUCAGAUUUAUGUGCACCUGAAAGAAGGCGGUGGUGCAGACGGACUGGACACUCUAAAGAACAAGCCCCAGCUCCACAGCAUGGUGGCCAAGAGCCUCUGUAGGAAUGCAGCGGGCAAGAACUAUAUCAUCUUCACAGGGCCCAGCAUCACCAGCCUGCCCCUUUUUGAAGAGUUUGAGAAACAAGAAAUCUACUGCUGUGGACUGCUGAGCUCCCGAAAAAGUGACUGCACUGGCCUACCUCUGUCUAUGUUAAAUAAUUCAGAUGUUCCCCAGGCUCGAGGACAGUACCGAAUAAAGAUGAAAGGAAACAUGUCUCUGAUCUGCUGGUACAACAAAGGACCCUUCCGUUUUCUGACAAAUGCCUAUUCACCAGUUCAACAAGGAGUGAUCAUCAAGAGGAAAAGUGGAGAAAUCCCCUGCCCUUUGGCUGUGGAAGCUUUCGCUGCUCACCUUAGCUAUAUCUGCAAAUAUGACGACAAAUAUAGCAAGUAUUUCAUUUCUCAUAAACCAAACAAGACCUGGCAACAGGUGUUCUGGUUUGCCAUCAGCAUCGCGAUCAAUAAUGCCUACAUCGUGUAUAAGAUGUCCGAGGCCUACCACGUGAAGAGAUACAGUCGGGCACAGUUUGGGGAAAGACUCAUAAAGGAGUUGUUGGGCUUGGAGGACGCCUCACCGUCCCAUUGACGCAUCGUUCUCGUGCCUCGAGGCCUGGGUAAGGGACCCACAUCAAGGGAGAGGGAAUUCGAAUUGGAAGAAGAAAAUCUGCCGCUCUGGAUGUCCAAUCAGGGACCUGGUGACGCCCACCGCCCUGCUUGGAGAGUGACACUGCGAGGCCUUUAUAGGGGUAGAAAUAGAGACUUGGUCAGGAGGAGGAGCUGGUUAUCAGGGGCUUCCACUGAAGAAGUGUCCCAUCCCACCCCACCAAGAAGUCACCCCCCAGCUGCAUUGUGAGUGCUCUGCCAGUCCUUCGUGCACCAGACCUGGGUUUUUUAGGUUGCUAGCCAUUUAUACAGUCAAUUGUAUCUGUUCAAUAGGGUGUAAGGCUCCUUAUGACACCCACUGGAAGCUAAUGAGUGGACUCAGGCUCCAAAUAGAGGAGACUUGACAGACAUGGGGCCCCCCUGCUAAUACUAAGUGCUGCUAGUUGUGGGGCAUGUCAUCACAUUACGUUAGAAAAUGGGGAGGAAAUUUAGGGAAGACUGUGACGUCUUUUGACAUCAUGGCUUGUCAACUGAUGAGGAUGAAACCAGCAGAAAAGACACGUUCAUUCUUGAAACCAUUUAGAUCUGAAUGGAAGACCGUUUGGUUUUUUCGAAUUUGUCCAGGCAGUUCUUAACCUGGCAGUUUAGGAAAUGUCUAAUGGGGAAAAAGAAGAAAAAGAAAAAUUAAAUUGGUUGCCAUUGAGAUAAAAGUGAUGGAAUGAGCAGCGGUUGAAAAUGGUUUGCAUAGUCUAAUUAAUAAAUGAGGUAUUACUGGUGACUUUGGUGUCUUUGCCUCAUGUGAAGGGGACGAGGGAGAACACACCAAUUUAAUUGGAAGUGUGAUGUAACCACUGUAUUUUUUCUUUCCUUAUUUUUAAAUGUAUCUUUGGCUUUUUCUAUGUGUUGCUUAAGAUCUAGCAUCAUGGGUGAUGUUUUCCUCCGUUUCUUUUCCUCCUUCCUUACCCCCUCCCCCUGCUCUGCAUCUUGGGCACAUAUUAAACAACUUUGUGACUGUACCCAGCACAGGAAAGAACAGUUCACUUUGAGAAGAAACACAUUGUACUUGCCAAGUACCAUAGGAAUGCCUUUUAGAAUUUAAGCCUGGUCACCACUAUUGUCAUUUACAAAAAAAAAAAUCACAAGUUUAAAUAUAGAUCUAUAUAUACACGCAUAAAUACACAUGUCACGUUAUCGAAGCAGACAAAUCUCUUUAAGGUUAAGAUGACUGAGCUGAAUCUCUUCCCCAAAUUGGGAGUCCCACCAAUCUCGCUUGCCUUAUUUUAAAUGGCCCCUUUGCCUAAUACAGUUGUCUUCAGCAAGACCCUAAGAAAAGGGAGUGCAGAAAUCUCAAGACAACAUUUUUGGAAAAGUGCAGAAUUUGAUAAGAGGUGGCUCUUUCUUGGACCCCAACCAGAAAGAUUUAAUUACUGAAAUGGGGCCAUGUAAUAAGGCAGACCUACAACACGAAGCCAGCAUAGGGGCAACAUUAGAACGAGAGAUGCAAUGCAUUUUCCAGCAUAGCUGGCAUACUUCCACUCAGGUGUGUGUUUCAAUACCCAUUCCCUAUGCCAACCCCCAGAAAGCCUCAGAACAAGAAAAGUGGGCUGUUCUGUUCACCAUCAUCCCCAGGCUAAGAGCAAAUAAGUGCUGAAUUUAAAUGUUCUUCCUUCAUCUGGCUUUUAUGUAAACCCUUCAUUUUAUUUUUUUUCCCUCUUCUUCCAUCCCUCAUUUUCAAAAAUAUACAAUCUGUUUAACUCAGGCUUUAGGAUUAUUGUUUUUUCCUCCUGAUUUCACGUUGAACAAAAUAGAAGAGUCCCUAAAGUGUGCUCGUGAACAUUUAGUCGUUUCUGUAUUCUCAAUAAAGGAUUACUAGUGUCUUCUAGUUUUGAUUGGAUGCUUCGGA